AUGACGCAUGGCUCAGACCAACAUAAUGGGCUGAAGCAGGAGGAAUCGAUAGCAGCAGAAACAGCAUCAGUAGCAGCAGCACAAGCAGAACCAGCAAACACAGCGGGAGCAGUAGCAGCUGCAGACACAGCAGGAGAAGCUGCAGACGCAACGGAAGCAGCAGCAGAUGUAACGAGAGCAGCGCCAGCCACAGCGAAAGCAAAAGAGAGACGCAGGAGCAGACGCAACGGAAGCACCAGCAGAUGCAACGAAAGCAGCGCCAGCCACAGCAAAAGCAAAACAAAGACGCAGGAGCAGACGAGAGCAGCAGCAGCCAACAGACCACCAAAGACCAGCAAGUCUGAUGCUAUCAACAUGACUAGCAAGUCUGAGGCUCUCAACAUGACUAGCAAGUCUGAUGCUCUCAACAUUACUAGCAAGUCUGAGGCUCUCAACAUCACUAGCAAGUCUGAGGCUCUCAACACCACUAGCAAGUCUGAUACUCUUAACACCGAAUAA